AUGACGCGCCGGUCGGUCUGCAAGGUGGCUGUUGACAUUGAGCCGGUCGACGUCCCGUCGCCAGAAGAGACAGGCACGCGCUGCCCGCGGCCGCGCGGCAUUUGCAUCGCAAGCUCGUUCCUCAGCCGGCUGCCGAUCGCCGCCUUCCUCACAAUCCUGGCCGACGUCACCGCUGCAUCCUUUGGGUCGCUGAUAUUGCCAGCUGCCUUGGGGUUCUCGUCCUCUGCCGGCGUGCACCUCUUCCUUUUGUCCAUCAUCGUGGGCCAGGCGGCGGCUUGCCUCUUCAGCCGGUUCCCGUACGCCACCGCCGGCGCCACUCUCGAGCUCGUUCCUCUCCUCGUUCCAAUCGCCGAACUCAUCGACCCUGCGCUGCCCGUCGCCGCUCGCGCCUCUACGCUUAUCGCCACCUACUCGAUGACGAGCGCACUCGUCGGGACGCUGCACACGUGUGUCGGCCGCUGCAAGCUGGGCGGCAUCUUCAGAUGCAUCCCGCUCAUCGUUCUCAAGGCCGCGCUCGGCGGCGUCGGCCUCUUCAUGGUUGUGGAAGGCCUCGAGACCGGGUCGGGCGGAGAGAUGGAGUGGGGCGCGCUUGUGGGCAAUCCAGGCACGCAGAUUCGAAUCGCGUGCACGCUUGUCCUCAUCUGCGCCCUCGCGGCUGUGCAGUGGCUCGUUCAGGUGCAGUGGGCGGUGGUCCUCUCGGCUCUCCCCUACUCCCUCUCCUGCUGCCUGGUGCACUCGCUCGUGACCAUCACAGACCUCGUCUCGGUCGAGGCGGUCGCGACGGCGCGGCCUGCGUCGCGGCAGGGCGAGACCGAGCGACCGCCGCCCGCGGCCGCCUCCUUCGACCUCGAUCGAGAGCUCAGCUCGAUCGGCAUGGCCAACUUGUUCGCCGCGUGCGUUGGUACCAUCCCCAACUACGUGCAGCUAUCCCCAAGCGUGGCAAACAUGAGCCUGAGUCGCGGCUUGCGCGGUCGUGCGCGCGCGGGCCCGUGGGUCGUCCUCUUUGCCGCCUGCUCCACGCUGGUGGUGUCGGACGUGGCCGCCUCGGUGCCACGCGCGGUCGUUGGCGCCUACAUGGCGCACAUGGGCAUCGGAUUCAUGGGCGAGGGCUUGGAGACCAUCCGGCGCACAAACGACACCGUCGACAAGCUGCUCGUGGUUGUCGUGCCCCUGCUCAUGGCGUGCAACUUCUUGUCCGGCCUGCUCUUUGGCCUGAUUGUCUCGCUCAUCAAGUUCGUCAUCAUCUACUCGCGCGCGCCCAUCGUUCGCGUGCACACCGACGGGCUGCAGUCAAACACGGUGCGGCCCUGGAUGCAUCGCACGUUUCUGCUCAGGACGGAUGUGGAACACUGGCUGACUGGCCGCGAGGCCUCACAGGCCACCGCCAGGCGCGUUGGGCCAGGUACCAAUUUUGUCGAAUUUAUUUCAAAAUCUGGUAUCUGCAGGCGCGGGGCGCCUGCGAAAAUUUUGAAGAAAUUUGCAGUCGCCUGA